GAUUGGUUUCAUGUGCUAAAAAAUGAAAAUUUUAGGAGAGUCGUGUCAAGCAUUGGGAGCCUUGGGCGAUGAGUUUUCAGUCACCGUUCUGAUGGGUUGGGGUUGGUGAGUUGCGUCAAUGUUUAUCCAAAUGAACACAAAUAAGAAACGACCCAAGCUUCAAUCUGUGUCCUUUCAUUGCCUUUGCUUUCCACAUACAUAUAGCAAUUGUUAAAUUAUCAAUCAUCGUCACUCUUUUUUAACAACGGGAAUGAAGAUCAGAUGAAAUGAAAGAUUUAACAUUGUAGCCAGAUCCCUAACCCCUCCCUUUACGCACCCAAACGUUUUUGUUAAUUCCCCCCAACCCAACGACACGCUUCGUAUCUCUCUCUCUCUCUUUCCCGCACUUCAAUAAAUCCACCACCCAGAAACCAUGGUUUUUCUUUUUCAUAAUCAACCGAUGGAGGUGGUUCUCGUUCAAAUGCUGAGGCUGGCAUGGGUCGCUGCCACGUUACCCAUCAUCGUCGCUUCUAUUCCCACUCCCAAGCUCAACUGCCUCCGUGGCACCUUGCUGGGUUUUGCUCGUAGAGGCAAAAUCAUGCACUCUUCCUCCCAAAAAGUAACUAUUUCUCAGAGGUUCUUCUUGCACUUCUACGUUGUGGCUUUUAUAUGGACAACGUUGCUACUUGUUGGGACUUGGGCAUAUGCGUACAGCAUGGUGCCACUUGUUGUGGAGCCGUUUUCUUACUCUACUAUCACUAGCUUCUUGACUGGUGGUUCUACUAUUAGAACUGAUACGCAUAAAUUGAGGCAGGGAUAUGUGGCCUGGCAAGCGGUUUUUCUGCUUUUGAUGAUGGAAGUUCAUGUCCUCAGACGCCUUUAUGAGACGAUACAUGUUUUUAACUAUAGCCCUUCUGCUCGCAUGCAUGCCGUUGGUUAUCUCACUGGAUUGUUUUUCUACGUAGGAGCACCACUAUCGCUGUGUGGUGGUUGUGCAGUAGAGGUGUUUAACUUCCUAGCAAAUCUAGUGACUGAGUUCAUUGUCAAGGGCAAGAAUCAGAUGCAAGUAACAGAGUUAGAAUUCUGGCAAGUUGUGAAUCCUCUCUUCAAGCUUGGGUGGAAGCAUUGGAUUGGUGCUGCUGUUUUCUUAUGGGGUUGGAUUCAUCAACACCAGUGCCAUAAGAUUCUUGGUUCUCUACGACAUUCAAGACAAGCAGAUGAAUAUGUAAUUCCUCAUGGUGAUUGGUUUGAAAUUGUCUCCUCUCCACAUUAUCUGUCUGAAAUCGUUAUAUACGCUAGUUUUGUGGUCGCUACUGGAGGAUCCAACCUAACAAUCUGGCUGCUUUUUGUUUUUGUGGUGGCAAAUCUGUCAUUUGCAGCUGUGGAAACACAUGGCUGGUAUCGUCAGAAAUUUGAAGAUUAUCCAAGUAGUCGCUUUGCUAUAAUUCCAUUUAUUCUGUGAGAUUGUGAAGCAAUGUGUAAUUAUCACAAUUGAUCACGGCAAAGAACUUCAUUAUUUCCCAAGGUGUACUUGUUUAGAUUAAGCUAUUUUAGUUUAGAGAAUCUUAUACUUCAAAUACCUAAACCUAAAUAAUAUUUGGCUUUGUUUUUGGUGUAAAAAUCCAAACAUUCAGAGUCAGUCGUGUAUUAUUUACCCACCAAAAUAAUACCUAAAAUAGUUAUGAUUGCAUUCAUUAUGGAAA